AUGAAGGCUUUGUUUCUUUCUAUGCUGUGGCCUGCUGUAGCCUGCGCUGCUGCUUGCAAACCGCAACCCCCUAAAUCGAAAGCUGCUUGUAAGCUGUCUGCUCUCAGUGGCGUGGAUCUGAGUGUCGGCUUCGACUAUGAAGGGGACUGUGUCCCAAGUACAGGAACUCUCAAUAGCUUCAUGAUCUUUGUUGACUUUUCCGAUGCCGAACCCGUUCAAAGCGAAACUCCUCAAUCACUAUACGAGGCAUUAGUCCCCCGAACGAUCGAAUGGUAUAAGCAGGCUUCUUACGGGGCUCUGUCCCUCAAUAUCACUGCGGAUCUGUCCAAGUUCUACCGCAUGCCCACAUCUGCUGCGUCUUAUGGCUGGGAGCGAGGUCUGACAUGGGCAGAACAUCAAGUCUAUAUCCAGGAUGCUCUCGACGCUUAUACAGCCAACGGCACUCGUCCUCCGCCCCCCGAAUCGGAUGUCCUCUACGUUAUUCCCGUUAUCAGCGCCGGUGUCAGAGGAAUCUCUCGAUCUAUUGCCUUCAAUACACGGGCCAAUACUAGACAGGGUAACUAUGUUGCCAGGAAGACUGUCACAGUCGCAACUGACGCAUUCACAACUUGGGGUCCGAAAAGCUGGAUUACAUUGGCUCAUGAAACGGGACACACUAUGUGCAUGGCUGACUACUAUCCGUUUGAGAACCUUGGUUUGGGUUACUAUGUCGGCGGCUGGAGUGCCAUGGGGGAUGUGUCUGGCAUUGGCCCCGAUUUCUUCGCCUGGGAUAAGUGGCGCCUGGGUUGGAUCAAUGACAAUUCCAUCGACUGUGUUGUAGAUAGAGGGACCUCUGAGCAUACUCUGACACCACUAGAGUCCAAAACCUCCGACAAUGACACCAAGGCUGUAGUCAUCGCCGUCAACCAAACCUCGGCACUUGUCGCCGAAGUACGUACCCCCGAGGGUCUCGACUCAGGUGUUUGCGCACCCGGUGUAUUACUCUACACGAUCGAUGCCUUGGUCAACUCGGGCAGUGGUCCUGUCCGCGUUGUAGAUGUUACCCCAGGAUCUGGCGGUUGUGGUACUGAUAGUGUCUACGACAAAAACGAUGGAACGCUGUCUCUAGACACUGGCAGGAAAUUAAAGCCCUUGCCACUCGUUUCAACUCCUCUCAUGUCAGCUUUUGAGUGGGUACCAGAAAUCAGAGCCUGA